CCUCACCCUUCCACACCUCCCAUCACUCCUGCCAUUUAUAGUCAUUCCCGUUCCGCCUCCUCUUCCAACACCACCCUCAGAACCUCCCCCUCCAGCCCUGCUAUCCUUAUCCUCCACGGGACUUGUCGCUCAAGGCCCACAAGCCUACACUAGGAGCUGGCUCGCGGAAGCGUCACCACUCUAGCUCUCGCUGCACCUUCGGCCCUACCACCCAUCCUCCCGAGCUCGCUCGGCUCUUUCCGCCCGACCUCGCGUCGUUCGCCGGGUCACGCAGCUCUCCCCUCCUUUGCCGCCAACGCGCUCAGGAGUCCGCAGGCUCCCUGCCGAUCGGUCGCCUAGCCUCUGUCUCCGUGCGAUCCGAUGCUCCAGGCCGAUACCGAGGCGCCGUCCUCUCCCGCCGGGCAGGAGACGCCACAGCCGGCAGGGCCCUCCGACUGCUCGCCGCCCACCAUGGCCCCUCAGCAAACAGGUAGCAGGAAGCGGAAAGCCGCCAAUGGAGAGGAGGGCGAGGGGAGCUCGUCAUUGCCAGGCCCGUCCGCGGCGAUGGAGAUGGCGAUGGCGAUGGCGACAGCCGAGGAAGGCCAAGCCGAGGGGUCCUUGCUGCUGGCCAAGAGGCUGCGGCGGCCCGUGGCUCAGCACUCCUUGGUGCACUACCUGAAGGCCCGCGCACUGGGCGCAGACGGCCACCCGGGGAUGGCGGGCUUCGAGGGUAACCUGCGCAGCUACGGGGUCCUCAGGCUGCCCGAGCUGCUGAGGGAGCGCCAGCUGUCUCUCGGCCCCCUCAACAAGGUGUUCGCGUCGCAGUGGCUCAAUGCCAGGCAGGUGGUGUGUGGCACCAAGUGCAACACGCUCUUCGUGGUGGAUGUCAAGACCGACCACAUCAUGCGCAUUCCUCUGAUGCGCGACAGGGUGCCCGACCUGUCCCAUGGCCCGCCCUCCUGUGGAAUCCAUGCUGUGGAGCUGAAUCCCUCCAAGACCCUCAUGGCCACUGGAGGGGAAAACCCUAACAGCCUGGCUGUAUACCAGCUGCCCACGCUGGAUCCCGUGUGCCUAGGAGAUUGCCAAGGCCACAGGGACUGGAUCUUCGCCAUCGCAUGGAUGAGUGACACCGUGGCCGUGAGUGGUUCCCGUGAUGGCACCGUGGCUCUCUGGCGGGUGGAUCCCGACAUGUUCAAUGGCAGCAUUGCUUGGCACAAGGAUGCGGGCCUUCCUGUGUAUGCUCACAUCCGUCCUAGAGAUGUGGAGGCAAUCCCCAAAGCCACUACCAAUCCAGGUAACCGCAAAGUGCGAGCCCUUGCCUUCAGCAACAGAAACCAGGAGCUGGGAGCUGUGUCUCUGGAUGGCUACUUCCACCUGUGGAAAGCCCGGAGCAACCUGUCCAGGCUGCUGUCACUGAGGCUCCCUUACUGCCGGGAGAACGUGUGUCUCACCUACUGUGAAGAGUUGGCCCUCUAUGCUGUGGGAUCCCAGUCUCAUGUUUCAUUCCUGGAUCUGCGCCAAGGCCAGCAAAAUAUCCCACCACUGUGCUCCCGAGAGGGAGGCACUGGCGUGCGUUCUCUGAGUGUCCACCAGCAUAUCGUCACAGUGGGGACAGGCCAUGGUUCUCUGCUCUUCUAUGACAUCCGUGCCCAGAAGUUCCUUGAGGAGAAGUCUGCAACCGGUCCAGACUUGUUUCCUGCACCUUCUGGAAGGAAGCUCAAGCUCACCUGUGGCAGCGGCUGGAUCAACCAGGAUGAUCUCUUAGAGAAUUACGUUGCUGGUGUGGAAGAUUUCCCCAAUGCCCUCUACACUCACUGCUACAACUGGCCAGAGAUGAAGCUCUUCGUGGGUGGAGGACCACUGGCCUCAGGCCUCCAUGGCAACUAUGCAGGCCUCUGGAGCUAAGGUGGAAAUGACCCUGAUAAACCAGUGUGCUUCUUAGCAGAGAGACAGAGAUGGAGCGGUUAGAAGUCGCUUAGAGAAAUUUUCUGCACCUGUCCACCAUUCUUUGGACUUUUCAUACAAAUACUUUCCACUAAUUCCUAGCAGUGUUGUCUUUGAGUGAGUGAUCCAUGUGAUCUAUCUGUGUAAGCAAACCGUGUUAUGACGUUAGAAUUGUAUAAGUGUUGUGUUGUUUUACUAGUAGCAGUUUUAAAGAUAAUGUUUUUAGUUUUCAUCACAUAUGUGUGGUAUAUUAAGAAUAUUUUCUAAUAAACAGAGUUCGGGCAUCUGUGGUGGAGCACUAACCAUAGUUUUAUAGCAUUGUUCCAAUUGUAAAAUACAUUCCAUGUUCCAGAUUGCCUACUUUUGGAAAUAUGUCACUCAUGAAUUGUGAUCAUGGUGUAUAUAGUUUGUAUGUUGUUGGUGCAAAACGCACUUUUCUAACAGUUUAUUAUCUGAAAAUAGUUGUCAUAGAAUCUUGUGUCUACAUCAAAAUCUCAGUUGAUGAGGAUGGUUUAGGUAUUCAAGUGUUCAAGUGUUCUGCUAAUUUGGACUUUCAAAACUAAUCCAAAAAUCAGUGUUUUUAGUUCAAGCCUUAUUUUAGUUUUAUGCUCUGUCUUAUUAUUGAUCAAAGAAUGUACUUAUUUUCACUUCUUGCCUUAGUACUAUCAAGACGUGUGGAUAUAUUUGAAUGUUUGUGGUUGGGGCAACUCUACAGAGUUUCAGUGCCAUCAUUCGGCGCAGGGAUAUUAAGUAUAAAUGGAGAAUGUAUGGCAGAUGGGGCAAAGAAUACAUUGCCCUAAGGUAUAGACUGGAUAUUUUUGCUGUUGCUAUUUUAAUACCAAAUGUUAUAUUUGAGCAUAUUUUAAACUUUCAAAAAUCUGUUUGAGUUAAGUUAAAAGAAUAAUGCAAGGAAGAAAAUGAGCCCACCCAGCUCACUGUGAAAGAAAUUCCCCCUCUUUAUAAGCUCCAAAUUAAUUAGAUUAUAUUUUGUGAACUUCAAAGAUCCAUAGAAAUAUGUGUUACUAAAGCCUCUACUUCUAUGCCUCUAAAUGUAGUAAGAUGUGAUUAUGAUAAUUCACUAUGAUUUUCAAAUAAAGGAGCUGGGAACUUAAAAGACAGGUAUGAUUGAAGAACUUUGUCAUUCAGAUAAAUAGAGGUAAUGGGAUGCUAGACAGAUGUAUUGGACUUGUUCACAGGUGAGAAUACUGAAAAGUGAGAAAGGAGCCAGGCCUUGCUCAAAACUAGCCAGAAUGUGUUAGGCCUGGAUUGGUAUUGAGCCAUGUUUCCUUUUCCUUAAACAUCUGGCAUGCAUUUGCAUUAGUGUUGCUACACUACAUGUUGUUCAGUACCAAGCAUAAAUUGCCGAAAGGAUUUAAAGAUGAGUUAGGAGUACAAAAUUGUCAGAUUUUAUUUUAUAGAGAGUAUGCAGGUUUAUUUCACAAAUUAUAGAGUUUUGCUACAUAUCUGUGCAUUUAUUGCUUGCAUGUAUGUUUCAAACUCUGUUAGAAGUGAUUUGAGAGCAGAGAUUGUAAACUGCCCUCUUUUAUUUCUGUACUUGUAAACUAAGGCCAGACAAAGGCAAUCAGUUAUUACUGAUUUUUUUUGCCAGUGGAAACCUGCACUUCAAAUUGUAAUAAAUAUUUGCUGUUGCAUAAUAAAGAACCUUGCUAUGUGUU